AUGAGGUUCCUUGAUCUAGAAGCCAAGUCACCAUUAUACUCUCACUUUGUUGAGACUUUCAGCGGACUGGUCACCAUCAGAGCAUUUGCAUGUUCUGGCGGCGCCCUCGGGGUGGCCCUUUCCAACAUCGUCAGCUUCAGUCGGGUUCUUUCUCAGAUGGAAACAUCAUUGGGUUCGAUAUCAAGACUGAAGGGCUUUACGCUGGAGACGUACCCGGAAAAUCUUGGGGAUGAGGUCAUUGAUCCGGGUACGCAAUGGCCGUCCCAGGGAGAGAUAAAAUUCAACGGUCUGACUGCCAGCUAUGGGUUGGGAUCCAAUCCUAUUCUCCAGGAUAUAACACUAGGCAUCACUCCUGGGUCAAAGGUCGGUAUAUGCGGGAGAUCUGGAAGCGGGAAGAGCUCGCUAGUAUUGAGCAUCCUAAGGAUGACUGAUUUUCAACACGGUACUAUUACAAUUGACGGGGUGGACCUGCGAACUACUCCACGUGAAAGCAUCCGACAAAAGUUGACCGUCCUCCCACAAGAUCCUUUGUUGCUCACUGGCUCUGUGCGGCUCAAUAUUGACCCGAGGAGCAAUCACACCGAUGACGAGAUUGUGUCACUCUUGGACAAAGUUGGAAUGCUGGAUCUGGUUCUCUCACGAGGAGGUCUGAGCUCGAAUCUAGAUUCCAGCACGAUUUCCAGUGGGCAGCAACAGCUAAUCUGUCUAGCCCGUGGCUUGCUCCAUCAGUCAACCAUUUUGAUUCUAGAUGAAGCAACCUCCAAUGUUGACCAGUUAAGAGAGACUAAGUUGAUGGAACUAAUCCAGGACCAAGAAUGUACGGUGGUGGCGGUGGCACAUAGGUUACGCACGAUUCGCAACUUGGAUCUGAUAUUGGUGAUGGACCAAGGUAAAAUUGUGGAGUAG